AUGUCCCUACUGAAAAACUGCAGAGUGUCCGUCAAGCGGGCACCCAUGGAUAUUGAUCCUGACGCUUCCAGUUACACACCCGGCGUUAUUUUAGAAACUCGCAACCAGGAUGGUGCUCUUCUGUUCGAAGGGGGUGCUAUUGUUCAUUUGUGUCCGUAUGAUUUUUCUGUCAGACGAGUUCAAUUCACCAAACUGGCCGAUGCUUUCGCUUGUCUCGGAGUACUCACUCUCCCAGCCUCCCAGGCGUCAGAUUCAAAUGGCCCUGUCCCCUUGUCCUAUUUAGUUUUGGUAACUGGUUGUACUCUUGUUGGAAAACUCCCAGAUCACGAGGUAUACCGUAUUACAAAUGUUCAAAUUAUAUCCCUGCGGAGUCCCAAUUCAGAAGAUGACGGGGUUUCCGAACUUUAUAAAUCUUAUUUCAAGAAGAUACGAAAGCUAUUGUCAUCGGGCGCCUUCUUCUUUGGUCGAUCAGUGAUUGAUGGGAAACCUUAUGAUAUCACAGUGAACAUUCAAGAUCGAUAUCGACUGGGUUCGGUUACUGCGGCGACCGAGAAUAUGUACCUUCGCAACGACAUUGGAUUGGACUUCUUGUGGAAUGCUGGCCUCAUGUACCCGCUGCUACACUGGGGUAUUAAUCCUAUGGAUUGGCUGGUUCCCAUCAUAUGUGGCUCCUUCGAUCUGUGUGUAGUGUUUUGCGGUUCGGAACAGGCACGAAUGGGCUUGAUAUCCAGAGUUUCGUCGCGAAGACCUGGCACCCGCUUCCACGUGCGUGGUGUUAAUGAUCGAGGCUAUGUGGCCAAUUUUGUGGAGACGGAAGAGUUCGUCUACAUGGGCAACAUAGUCACCAGUCAUGUCCAGAUCCGUGGGACAGUCCCAUUAUUUUGGGAACAACCUGGAAUACAAGUCGGCUCACACAAAAUCCAAUUUAGUCGCGGAUUGGAACUUUCUCUCAAUGCGUUUGAACGCCACUUUAUGCAUAUAUCGUCACAUUACGGCGCAACUGCCAUCGUCAACCUUUUGGGAUGUAAGCAGGGUGAAGCUCUACUGAGUCGAGCUUACCAGGACUUGCACAAGCAGUCAUCUUUCAAAAACAGUGUGUGCCAUAUAAUAUUCGACUAUCAUUCGGAAGUGCAAUCACGAGGCCAGAAAAGUCUGGACUGGCUGCAGAAGCAACUGGAACGCUUCGUGGACAGUUGGGGCUAUUUUCACGCCGUCGAUGACAAGGUUGUUCAUUGGCAAACGGGCACUCUACGAAUUAACUGUGUUGACUGCUUGGAUAGAACAAAUGCGGUCCAGACCAUCGUCGGACUGCACAUUGUUCUACCACGUAUGUUACAAAGUCUAAAUGUGACGACGAAAAAUCAACAAAUGUUAAUCACUCGGUUCGUCGAUAGCCUGCGCCAGCUCUGGCAACUCAACGGUGACCAAGUGAGUCGUAUCUAUGCGGGCACAGGUGCCCUGAGCACUGGGCGCUCCAAACUGCGUGACGUCCAACGAAGUGCUGCUCGAACAAUUCAACACAGCCUAUUCGAUACUGCCAAACAAGAAGCGAUGCACGCUCUUCUUGCCCAGUCUAAUCUUCUGGGGUGGAUGAAAACUGUUACCGAACAGUAUCUACCCCGCCGUUUGCAUUGUUUGCCUCCUGCCCUUCUGAACAACAUUAUGCACCGACACAACCAAUUUGUCCAAUCUCAGAACCUACGUGUUUUCGUUGGCACUUGGAAUGUGAACGGUGGCAAGCAUUUCCGCAGUGUGGCACACAAACAUGAGUCCGUGACCGAUUGGCUUUUGGAUUUAGCUAAGUCAGUUAAACCCGAUGCAGUGUGGGGCUAUCGUAAUCCGGACUACACAGACGAGCAGAUAAAUAAACCUAUCGAUGUAUUUGCUAUUGGGUUUGAGGAGAUUGUUGACCUGACCACAAGCAACAUCGUCGCCGGAUCCAAGCCGACAGCUAAUCAACGUGACUGGGGCCUGUUCCUACAGCGACAUUUGAACCGCGAUGUUCAUGAGCGCGACUCCUAUAUUCUCAUUAAUUCGGUUCAACUGGUUGGAAUUUGUUUGUUUGUAUUUGCCCGGGCUCGUCUGGCUACUCUCUUUCGAGAUAUUGCAAGCUCGUCUGUCAAAACUGGACUCGGUGGUGCCGCAGGCAACAAAGGAGGAGUAGCUGUUCGAUUUCAACUGGGAUCUACUUCACUGUGCUUCGUGUGCAGUCAUUUUGCUGCCGGUCAGUCUGCAGUACGCGAGCGAAACGAAGACUUCCAUGACAUUGUUCGUCGUCUUCGUUUUCCGAAUGGUCAAGGCAUUCUCAGUCACGACUAUGUGUUUUGGUGUGGUGAUUUCAACUAUCGAAUCAACUUGUCCGCACCUGAAGUGAAACGCUUUGUCGCCCAAUCCAGCUGGCUCGACUUGUUGCGCUCCGAUCAGCUGACUUUAGAGCGCCAGGCUGGCAGUGUAUUCCGGGGAUUCGAUGAGGGUAUGAUCCGCUUCGCACCAACCUACAAGUACGAUCUGUUUUGUGAUGAUUAUGAUACAUCAGAAAAGGCUCGCUCGCCUGCUUGGACUGAUCGAGUGUUGUGGCGUCGUAUACGGUUGCGUUUUCCAAAACUGGGGGAAGAUGGACUGCUCGUCACAUCACCGGAUUCGGUGGAGGACUAUCCUUGGAACCCAGGCCGCUUACUUAUAUACAACCGUGCUGAACUGAAGACCAGCGAUCAUCGUCCAGUUGGUGCCAUUUUUGAUAUUGAUAUACACGUGGUCUCACGUGAUUCCCGCCGAAAAGUUGUCCUUGAUUCUAUCAGCGACUAUGGUCCACUUAAUACAGCUGUGCAACUUCGCGUCCUUCUCACCGAAGCAAAGUCCGGACAGCCUGUUGCAUUGGAUGACUCCUCACUCAAUCCACACAGACGUCCAGAAUUUGUGGAACUCCUCAAAACAGUGGCUGGGUUAAGAAAAGGUCUCGUCAUGUCAGUGCAGUUCGCGGCAGCUGAUAUAGCUCUGUUGGUCUUCAGUAAUCCAAAACAAGCUCAAGUGGCAGCCGAGUUCCUAAAUGGUUAUACUGUUCCGUGGCCCAAUCCAAUCGGGCUGAAACAAGUCGAGGGAGGAUACAACGUCCACCUAUCAGCUAGACUGACUGAAUUAGGGAUAACUGACGGGCAGGAGGAGUCUUCAAUCAAACAACACUCGCUGGACACUCUACAGCGUCUAGUAGAGAUCGCUGAACGAGAAGAUUCCGCGUCUCAAGAACCCUCCAUCGCCGUUGAUGUGUUUGAGGCCCUUUUGGCCGAAAGCGACAGGCUGGCCGAACAAGAGGAAAUUGGGACUUGCGUGGAUAUGGAACGUCAAGCUGCCAUACUGAACCAGUCGGGUGAUCAAGAUUUAAAUGACGAUGGUGCAUUGAUCAUGGGAGAUGAUCGUACGGGGAAUACCCAGCCACUUCCUCCUCCAAGACGACCACCGGCUCCUAACAUCACGUAUCCCUUGGGCGAAGCGAAUCGAAAAGCCAUUCAGGAGAAUUCGGACUCUCGUAGUUAUGAUGAUAUGAGGAACAUGCCGCAAAUUGCCUCGUACUCAACCACGGCAUCCCCUCUUCACUCGGCAAUCAAAAAUUCGGACAUAGACCAAUCCAAUUUAUUUCUUUCGCCCUCGGCCGAAAUACAGACAGUUGCCAGCUGUCUUGAUUUACUAUCCGUGCAAGAUGAAGGUACCCCAAUGACUCAGAGCCUGUUUUGUCGUCCCGCAUCCUCGACCAAUCUCGUCAGCGAAUCCAGUCUCCAGCCAGCGAUCAUGGUGGCGGCAUCCUCUUCAUGCAAUAGGCCUCCACCUUUACCGCCCCGUCCGUCACGCACCGUCCAUGAUUUUGAAGGUGUAGCCAGCUCUGAAAAGGAAAAAGACGAACAGAUACCACUAUCGAAGGACCAGUCUCUUCCUGUUGAUGAUGAGGACCAUCUUGGGAUAAGGCAACCUUCUCCCACACCCGUUUCGGAUCCAAACACACCGCUAAUUAACCAUAGUUGCAUGCAAUUCCCAGAGGUUCCAUUGAUUAGAGCUACGGUCGAUAGUGGGCUCCAUGUAGCCCAGUGGUUAAGGUGCGGACUUACUGACCGGAAGGUCCGUGGUUUGAACCUAACUCCGGCAUCUCGACAGCUCCUGGCUAGGCUUGGGCAAGCUGACAGUAAAUCAGCCCUUGUGCUUCCGGGUAGUAUGACAGCUAGGCACCGAGAAGGUGUUACAUCUAAAUUAUUCUCAUUAUUUUCAUUUGAUGUUACUGUCAAUCAUGCUAACUGCAGCCGUCACGAAGAGACUGGACCUCGCCGUGGAAUCUCUCAUCCAGUCCCUUCCCCGUCCACCUUUACUCUUUUCUUUAAAAUAAGGCUUUCAAAUAAAUCAUGGUCGUACGGCAGUGAAGCAUCAGUGUUGAACACUGAUGUCAUGCUGUCGAUGAUGAUGAUGCUAACUGCAGCUUCCGAAAGCAACCGCUUUCG